UGCCAAAAGACAGCUUCAAGUAAACUUUGAGAAUCUGCACCUUGUUUUCUUGCAGGAUAUAGUUCCAUUAUUAUUAUUUUUUUCUCUCUUCAGAAUCAACCACUACACUGCAACUUUCUAUCAGUGUUACCAAGAACACAUGACAAAGCUAGAAACUUCUUCUCCAAGCUCACUAUCCUCAAAGCUAAGAAUCAACAGAGAUUCACAUGCGAUCUCAAAGUUGAAGUCAGAGAUUAGAAUAGUUCAUGUGUUUGCUCCUAAAAUAAUUGAAAUUGAUGCUGCUAAUUUCAGAGAGUUAGUUCAAAGACUCACCGGAAAACCAGAAGAAGGGAGCGGUGGAAGCAAGUCCAAAACUGCACCAACCAAAGAUGCCAUGGAUUCAAACCCGAAGGAGGCGUUGAUGGUUCAUGAUGAAGAGGAGUUUCUGAGUCUGCAAAAUGGGGUAGGGGUGAAGGAUGAACAUGAAGAGGAAGAAGGUAAAGAUGGUCUAUGGAGAUCGAAGUUAAACGAGAAGUUCAGUGGUUUUCUUGAUGGGUUCUCAGAAUUUGAUUCUUUGCUGAAUGAGUUAAGCACUGCGCCGGAGGUGAAUCAUAGUUAAAGACAGGUUUUAAUAUGUUGUUGUUUGUGUUUCUUGACGAUGUGUGAAUUAUCAUGAAAAUGAGUCGCUGAAGAACUGAUGUUUCAUAAUGUUUCUGAUAUUUUGAUCUAGUGCAUGUGUGUUGAUGUUAUUCAUUAACAUCAGUUGCUAUAAAACUUUGUUGUGUGUA